CGUUGUGCAUCUCAGCCACCUCCUUCCCUCUCGAGCAGGCAGACCUCCUGAGCAGCUUCAACAAUGAGCAGCGUAUCAAGAAUUAGCAUGUCCAGCGGCUACUCUGGACGUAACUUAGGUGGUGGAAGCUUGGGUGGAGCCCGAAUGCAGAGGCAGUACGCUUCCAGUGUUUAUGGUGGAGCAGGUGGGAGUGGAGCGAAGAUCUCCAUCUCCUCUGGUGGGUUUGGGGGUGGAAGCUAUGGGAUGGGAGGGGGGUCAGGUUUCGGCGGUGGAGCGGGCUUCGGGGGUGGUGCAGGCUUCGGGGCCGGCGGAGGAAUGGACAUCAACGUUGGAGCCAACGAGAAAGCCACCAUGCAGAACCUGAAUGACCGUCUGGCCUCUUACCUCGAGAAGGUGCGCAAACUGGAGAGCGCCAACGCCGAGCUGGAGCUGAAGAUCCGACAGUACUUGGACAAAAAGACCGGCCCCGCUUCCCGGGACUACUCUGCUUACUUGGCCACCAUCGCUGACCUGCAGGGAAAGAUCCAGAAAGCUAUUUGUGAUAAUGGAACCGUCUUCUUGGCCCAUGAGAAUGCAAAGUUGGCAGCAGACGACUUCAGAGCCAAGUAUGAAAAUGAGCUAAGCAUGCGUACAUCAGUGGAGGCAGACAUUGCUGAGUUGAAGAGAGUACUGGAUCAGCUCACGUUAGCCAGAUCUGACCUGGAGAUGCAGAUAGAGGGUCUCAAGGAAGAACUGAUCUUCCUCAAAAAGAACCAUUUGGAGGAAAUGGAGGCUCUGAGGAACCAGAUGAGUGGCCAGAUCAAUGUGGAGGUGGAUGCAAAGCCGCAGGUAGACCUGACCAAGAUCAUGGCUGAGAUCCGUGAGCAGUAUGAAGGCGUGGCCGCCAAGAACCAGAGGGAACUCCAGUCCUGGUUCGACUCGAAGACAGAGACACUCAACAAAGAGAUGGUGGUGAGCACAGAAACUCUGCAGACGACCAAGACAGAGAUCUCUGAGCUCCGGCGCACAUUACAAGGCCUGGAAAUUGAGCUCCAGUCACAAUACAGCAUGAAAGCGGGUCUGGAGGGCACGUUAGCUGAAACAGAGUCCCGGUACUCUAUGAAGCUCCAAGGGCUCCAGAUGCAGGUGACAUCUCUGGAGACACAGCUGACACAGCUGCGUGCCGACAUGGAACGACAAAGCCAAGAGUACCAGAUGCUGCUCGACGUGAAGACGAGGCUGGAGAUGGAGAUCGCAGAAUACAGGAGGCUACUGGAUGGAGAGGGCAGCAUUGGCAGUAAAGAAAGCAGCACGGUGAAGAAGGUCAUCGUGGUCACAGAGGAGAUUAAGGACGGCAAGCUGGUUUCCUCAACAACCUCCUGAUGACCUGAGACACAUGGAAAACAUGAGGAACCGCAGCUGAAGGUCACGUCACCAUCUGGAUCAGAACUGCUUCCUUCAUAUAUCACCAACGCAAUAAAAGCCUCUAUCACUCUA